GAUGUCUGUCCUCUACUCCGUGCCACCGGUAGAGUUUCGGUUGACGUCUGAGCACAGUGCUCCACGUGUUUUGUUUUGUUAUUCAUUCGUGUAAAUUAUUGUAGCAUGGGGAAGAAUAAGAAAAAUAAAGUGCCCGAUUCGGGGAAACAAGUGGUAAAACCUGGACAACGUCAAAGUAACACCAAGCUCCAGAGAGAUGGUAAACCCAAGAAAGCCAAAGAGGUGGACCACAUUGAACACAUCCCCUUCAAACUACGAGAAAUAAUGAAGGCCAAGGACAGAAUGAAAACUGGGUCCCUAAAAGUCAAAAAGCCGAAAAAGGAUAAAUCCGAGUGUUUUCUAGAUGGAGACAUACCUGUCCCACAUUUCAAGAGGGGUAAACGGGAAAGCGUGAAAGCUUACGUGCAGCGGAUGGAGCGUGAGACAAAACAUGUCAUGUUCCUCUCCAAGAACCAAGUAGACAGAAAGCCUGAAAUGGAUGCAAGCGAACAAGAGAGGCCUGCACACUGCAAAUCUGACAAAAAGAAGGAGUAUGGUAAAAUGAAGCUACAGAAGCUACAGCAGAAAAAGGUGAACAAACAAGAGGACAGGAUGGAAGAACAGAUGUUUGUAGAUGAUGUUCCUUUUGGUGAAGUUACAAUGGCCCCUCCAUCUUUGAGUGCCAAACCAAGGAAAGCUGAAGUCAAAUCUCAGAAAGCAUCAAAGGAGCUGCUCCUAAACUCACUUCUUGGCCAUACUGCAGUCUCCACUACAAAGCCCUCCAUGGCCAAACAGAGAAUCAUGGAGGAGGAGCGGGAACGAGCAGUGGAAGCAUACCGUCAGCUUAAGAAACAGAAACAGCAGCAGUACGAAGCCAGGACUGCAAGCAUGAGAAAACUCAAAAGCCUUCAUUGAUGUCGCUUUUCACUCAGCUCAUCUGCAGCUGCAUGAGCAGCGGCGCUGAGCAGUGAUCUGUAGAAACUGUCUAAAUAAGAUGGAGAGCUAACUGCAAUUGAGAUGAAUAUCAGGGGAAACUUCAUGCAUCCACAGACCACUGUUGGGGGCUCCUGUAGCUCAACAGGUACAGCAGGCUGUUUGCUUUUCAUGAAACUGACAACAUACCACUCCCCCGCCCGCACUGUCUAAAAGAGGGGAAAAAUAUGUAGUAUUCAAAUGUCCGUGUGUGCAUGGGUGGAUGUGGCGGUUAGUUGGGAAAACUAAAAGGGCACUGUAUAAUUCCAUUUUAUCUUUAGGUACACUAAACAACACCUGCCGCUUUCAUAACGUUUUUAAUUUAAAAGAGUGAACGGCUUUCCAAGUGCCUUGUAACACUGCAGAGUGAUUGCCCAUGUCCGAUGGAAAAUACAUGGAGAUAUUUUGCCUAUGCUGAUUUGUCACCCUUGGAACUCCCACGUAUUUCAUCAUUUGUAUUUACAGUCUUUUCAUAUUUGCAUGUUCAGGUAACCAAAUUCUGAGAUCGUCCGUCAUGUGAUGGACAGUAAAAUCAUUAAGGUUCUUUCAAAGUAAAGAUGAUCCUCUGAUUGUUUUUAGUGGUCCCACUAGAUGGCGCUCCUCUUGUACACAGCCGACAGAACGUGCUCAUUAAAAAUGUAUUAUUGUUGGUGCCAUAUUAUAUAUCGAAGUAUUUUAUGUUUUUGUUAAAUGGUUGAGUGGUAAUGACUGCAUUUUAUAUAGAAAAUGUAAAUAACAUGUUGAGAGAAACCAUGAGGUUAUUUAUUAUUAGAUGUUUUUGAAUAUUUCCAUGCUCCUCAACAGAUGUUUGCUGUUUGUUGUCAUAUUCCCUGUUUUUUUUUUCCAGAGCAUUUGGAUAAAUCUGGAAUUGUCAUCCACAUUGCUGUUCAGAAACACCAGCUGAAAAAACAAAUAUCCUCAUGAGGCCUUUUUAGCUGUUCUUGGGUUUUAAACUCCUUUGCAGCUGCUGUUUUCAGGGUCCAGUAUUAACCUUGAAUUUAAGCAAUAAAGGCAGUAAGAAUAAAAUGC